GACAGCACAGUGAGAGGAAACCAAAACUAGUCAAGUUGUGACUCUACACGGUGCCAUUUCUGAUUGCUAUCUUUCAAAACACUUCUUUUUCCUGUGCCCUUCAGGAGAUUAUAAUAGCUUGCAGUUCAGUCUCUAGGGCUUUCCUAAUUGAUCUUUCUCCUCAAACAAAAUAAGCAGUGAUCCCUGCAUUUCUGAAGAAGACCUCAAGAUCUGGACUUGUGGGGAAUUUCAGCAAGACAGACCUUGAGAGAUGGAGACAGAAUGCAAGAGAAUUCUUCUGCUGAAAGGGCUUCAGCCCCUCAACGACGACCAAUUUAGCAUGGUUAAGUCCCUGCUGGACUCUGAUUUGGGACUGACUCCAAAAAUGAAAGAAGAAUACACCAAGGUCAAGAUUGCUGACAUGAUGCACAAGAAGUUCCGGGGGAUUCUCUGUGUGAACAAACUCCUGAGCAUGCUCAAAGACAUAGAAGGACUAGAAGACACUGUGAAAACUAUGAAAAAUGAGAAGAGAAAAGUUAUGAAGAAGUACAAAACUCAGGGACUGGCUCCAGUGAAGAAAAGAAAGCAGGAGGCGUCCAGUACUGACGAAUCGACAUCCACCGCAAACAAGGCUUCGCGGCCAGUGGAUGAUACACUUGUGUCGAAGAAAAGGAAAACUAAAACCACAAGCAAUAAUAAAUCUAACAAGACACAGCCAACGUCGGAAUGGGGUCAGCUUGGACAACCUUCAGUCACAGGUGCCCUGUCACCUGAGAGCUUCUCUCAGCCUCCUCAGAUGCCUCCACCAACUCCGGGCUGCAGUUUCUCGACCAAGAAAAGAAAAACUAAAGCCACAAGCAGUGAUAAAUCGAAGAUGACGCAGCCAACGCCGGAAGGGGAUAAGCUUGGACAACCUGCAGUGACAGGUGCCCUGUCACCUGCGAGCUUCUCUCAGCCUCCUCGGAUGCCUCCACCAACUCCGGGCUGCAGUUUCUCGACCCAGAAAAGAAAAACUAAAGCCACAAGCAGUGAUAAAUCGAAGAUGACGCAGCCAACGCCGGAAGGGGAUAAGCUUGGACAACCUGCAGUGACAGGUGCCCUGUCACCUGCGAGCUUCUCUCAGCCUCCUCGGAUGCCUCCACCAACCCCGGGCUGCAGUUUCUCGACCCAGAAAAGAAAAACUAAAGCCACAAGCAGUGAUAAAUCGAAGACGAUGCAGCCAACGUUGGAAUGGGGUCAGCUUGGACAACCUGCAGUCACAGGUGCCCUGUCACCUGCAAGCUUCUCUCAGCCUCCUCGGAUGCCUCCACCAACCCCGGGCAGCAGUUUCGUAACACAGAAAAAGAAAACGCAAAACACAAAUACUGCAAAAUCUGAGACGAUGCAGCCAACGCCAGAAUGGGGUCAGCUUGGACAACCUUCCGUUACAGGUGCCCUGUCACCUGCGACCUUCUCUCAGCCUCCUUGGAUGCCUCCACCAACCCCGGGCAGCAGUUUCUCGACCCAGAAAAUGGAAACCCAAACCAUAAAAACUGAAAAAUUUGAGAUGAUGCAGCCAAUGCCGGAAUGGGGUCAGCUUGGACAACCUUCCGUCACAGGUGCCCUGUCACCUGGGUCCUUCUCUCAGCCUCCUUGGAUGCCUCCAUCAACCCCGGGCAGCAGUUUCUCAACCAAGAAACCAAGAUUGAAGUCUGUACCUACAAAAGCUUCCAGAGAAGAGGGUUUACAGACAUGCCCCAAGGAAGUGAUGGUGCUGAAAGCCACAGAGCCAUUCGCAUAUGACAUCACAGACGAGGAGAGAAGGAUGUUUCACGCCACUGUGGUUACUGAGAGCCAGUUCUUUCGAGUGAAGGUUUUUCAUGUCGGCCUGAAGGACAAGUUCAUACCAAAGAGAGUCAUCACCUUAGCAGAUUAUAUUGGCCGCAACGGGUUCCUGGAGGUAUACAAUGUCUCUUCUGUGUCUGAUGUCAGUGCUGACCGAAAGAUGGAGGUCUCAAGCAGACUGAUCCAAAAUGCAAAUGCAACUCCUAAAAUCAAGGAGCUUCGCUUGGAAGAGCCAGGAACAUUUGUGAGUGGGGUGUAUCAGGUGCAUAAGAAAAUGGUGUUGGAUCAAUUCAUCACUUUGUAUGAAAUACAAGAUGAUACGGGGAUGAUGGACGUCUUGGUGUAUGGACGACUGACCAAAGUCAACUGUGAGGAAGGUGAUAAACUCACACUCAUCUGCUUUGAACUAAGUGGGGAUCCAAGACAGCUGAGAUCUGUAACUCACAGCUUCAUCAAGACUCACACCCUCCUCCCACCUGUCUUCCCCGUGAGAACCGUCCCUUCAACUGUUGGCAUUGAGUACACCUGCUCCUUCCUCUCUCUCCUGCCCUUCCAUGUGCACUCAUGCUGUGGGUCAUCAAGCCCAGGAAAAACAAGAAACAACAACUCAACCCUGAUUUGUAUAUGAAAACCCCAGCAUAAUGUCCUUCUAAAAACCUGGAUGCCAUUAACGAUGUACAUGGAAAUAAAAUCCAAAUACAGAAAAGCUAUAUAUGUACAUGAUAGAAACUCAGUGAUAGGUAUACCAGCUGUUAAUUCUAGGAAAUAGAGUGUUAAUGGAUACUUUUUAUUUUCUUUUUAUAUUUUUCUGUGCCACCCUAAUGCCAUAUUUUGCAUGUAUAAUUUUUAUAAUUGGGAAAAAAUAAUAAACUUUUUUUGCUAAAGGA